GUCAUAUUUAGAGUCAGCUUAUCAACAGACAGAACAAGAAGAAGAAACUACCUGUGCUACAAUAAUCAAGAGAAAACCCAGAGCAAACAAAAGAUCGAAAUGAAGACGUCCGCCAUUACCUCCGUCUUCGCCCUCCUGGCAGCAGCAGCAACUGCCGCGCCCCUUGAAAAGAAGCAAGCAUUCGAGGUUUCCCUCACCUUCUACGGUGCCGGGGAUGCCAAUUACAGCCUGAGCGUUCCUGCAGAUGAUAGCUCUGUUACUGUUGAUAACCCCCUUUCCGUUUCCUCCAUCUGGUCGCCCGGUGGUGGCUUCUGCUCCAUCCAGGGUGCAGAGGGAUGGGGUGGUGUUCUUUAUUCGGAUGAGACGAUUUACGUUGGACCUCCUCAGCCCAUUGCCUGGGUGAGCUGCCAGAAUGCAUAA